AUGCCUAGUUAUACGUUUAAAUGGCCGCAUGAUGCGGAAGAGGUCUACGUGACCGGGACCUUCGACAAUUGGACCAAGAGCGAGCGUCUCGAACGAGUCGGCGACGUCUUCCAGAAAACAGUAUCACUUUCGGGGGCGGAGAAGGUCCUCUACAAGUUUGUUGUCAACGGCGAUUGGACCACAGAUCACACGGCGCCUCAAGAAAAGGAUCACGAGGGAAACGAGAACAACGUCCUCCUGCCUGAGCAAAUGGACAAGCUAGAAGAGUCUGCGCAGGCUGCGGCCAUUAACAACCUCGUGCCCGAGUCCACCACGGCGCAAUUGGCCGGCGCGGUGCCCCCGGAGGACAAGAAGGAGGAGAAGCAAGCAGAGAAGACGGAGGAGACUGUGGAACAGGGCGCUGACGCCUCCGCGGGUGCUGGGAUCCUCAGCUCGGCUGCGCCUGACGCUACUACCGCUCAAUUGGCCGCCGCCGUGCCAUUGGAGACCAAGCAAGACACCACCGUCUCUCCUCCCGGCAGCUUCCCCGAGACCCCUGCGGCUGAGCUCGAGAAGGAGAUCAAGGUCGACACCCUCCCCGCGGCUGAGGGUGCCAUCAACCCGAUCAAGCUCAAUCCCGGUGAGAGCGUCCCCAAGGACCUCAGGGCCGACGCCGUGGACAAGCAUGUCACCCUCGACAAGGAGUCGUACGAGAAGAGCGACCGCAUUCCGGGCCUCGAGACCACGCUCCCUCACGUCACGGGUAAUCUGAUCCCGGAGUCUAGCCUGCCUGUGACCGCCGGCGGCAGUAACGAUGUCACCAUCAAUACCGUUGCUGCUGAUUCCACCACCGCCGCCUUGGCUGGCCAGGUGCCCAAGGAGACCAACGAUGAGCCCAAAGUUCCCGAGGUUGUGAAGGAGAGCCAAGAGAAGGCCCACGCCGACCCCGAAGCGAGUGCCCACAAGGAAGAGCUUAAGGAAAAGGCCGCCGUUGAGGGUGAACUCCUCGACAAGGUCUCAGAGGCCCCCGCGACCUCCGAGGGCACUGCUGGCAAGGGCACCGAGAAAUCCGAGACCGACAAAUCGCCGGCCGAGACCGCACUCGCUACCGCUACCACAGCGGGCCAGGUUGCCCUCGGCGCUGCGAUUACCGCUGCUGGUGCGGCCAUCCCAAUUGUGUCGGGUGCCGCGCACAAGGCCAGCGAUGCCGCGGCAGGCCUUGCUUCCAAGGCUACGGCUGUUGCAUCCGACGCGUCGACCGCCGUGCCUGCUGCUGUCAGGUCAAACCUCCCCGGAGCCAGCCAGGCUGAGGCUGCGGAGAAGCAAAAGGCGGCGAUCGAUAGCAUUUCCUCGGAAGUGCCCGCCGAGGUCAAGAAGUCUCUCCAGGAGGCGGGCGAGAGUCCCGAGGCGGCCGUCAACACCGCUGCCGUGGAAGAGAAGAAGGAGUACGAGGCCGAGCUUCUCAAGAAGGUUGAGCCUGCGCAAGCCGCUGACGAGGCUACCCCCGAGGUUGUUGAGCCGCCUAAGCCCGCCGAGGAGUCUAAGGGUACUUCGGACCUCAAGCUCACCGACGACAUUGCGGCCGCGGUGAACGCUACAGUCGUUGAUUCCACGGCUAAGCCGACCGAGGAGACCAAGGCUGUGGACACAGCCAAGCCUGUCGAGUCGGCCGCUGCUGCCGCUACUGUUCCCGCUAUCGAGACCACCGCCGCUGAACCAACCACAGCCGCCGCGGUCGCAACUCCGGCCGAGCCGACCGCCAAGACGGAGACCGCGCACGAGGUGACUAACGGCAGCGCUGCGGCUGCUGCUGGUGCGACCGCCGGGUCGACCACUGGCACGACCUCGACGACGGACAAGGCGGCAACGUCAGAGAAGAAGAAGAAGAACAGGUUCAGCAGGCUCAUCGAGAAAUUCAAGGUUGCACUGGAGUUUUUGAGAGAGUUUCACUCCCGGCAUUGCAUAGCCGGGUCGUCCGCCCCCAGCAAGGCGCCUCCUGCCCCGACCCUCACGAACCAUUCACACUCUCCUUCCGCUCCUCCAACCGCAAACACAACCUUUGACGCGAACCACCGGCGCCAGACCCAAGCCCACAUCAACACCUCGCACACCUCUUCCCAAGCAGCCCCGAGGAAGGGCCAGGGCGCUCGACGACAGCAUCGAAAUCAGCGACGGCCCAGCGGGAUGCUAGGGGAUACGCGACACCUCGACGACGAAGACACCAUGGCGGAGAUCCGAGCGUUGCGUAAUAGUUCGAGCCGGCGUGGGCAGACGUCGAUUACCCAUCUCAUGAGCUACGCCCUGCCGCCCCGUCCACAUGAGACGCAUUACAACACAUCGUCGCAUGCGCGGCCGUACCGCCGUAACCCGACGUGGGGUGUCGGCUCGGGCUACCACGCUGCCGACAAGGCGCGGUAUAUCCAUGCCAAUUACCGCUUCGUGGUCAACCCCGGGGGUCGGUACACCGCGCAGGCGGCUGAUGCGGACGAACAUAUCGACUGGGCCGACGUGUUGCAGGUGAUUGCCUCGGCCGAGUCGCAGCAGACGUCUUGCCCAAUCUGUCUGUCCGAGCCGGUGGCACCGCGCAUGGCCAAGUGUGGACACAUCUUUUGCCUGCCGUGCCUGUUGCGGUUCAUGAAUACCAACACCAGCGCCGACGACGAACAGCAGCCGGGGAAAAAACAGCAGAUGCGGUGGCGGAAAUGCCCCAUCUGCGAAGACUCGGUGCACUUGCCUGAGGUGCGGCCGGUGCGGUUCUACGCGGGACAAGAGUGCUCGUUGCCCAGGGUAGGCGACGAUGUCAUCAUGAGGCUGAUGAUGCGCACGGCACACAACACGCUGGCGCUACCCAAGGAAGGGGCCAGUGAGGUAUUUCAGGCCGGGAAUGAAAUCCCGUGGCACUUUGCGGCGAACGUACUGGACUAUGCGCGGAUCAUGCGGGGGACGAGCGAUUAUAUGGCGGAGCAGUUUGAUUCCGAGGUGGCGGACCUGGUGAAGCAGGAGCAGGAGGACGAGCUGUUAUAUCAUGAGGACAACGAGUGGACGCAGAAGGCUAUGCGGGCGAUCAGAACAGCCAAGGAGAAAGUGGCCGAGCUGAAAGAAGCUGAGACGGUGGCCGCUUUGAAAACUGCAGCUACUCCCGGGACGGCGCAUCAGUCCAAGCAGGGCGAGCAGAACUUUUACUUCUACAGCUCCCCGCCACACCUCUAUCUCUCCCCGCUCGACAUCCGCAUUCUCAAGACGAAAUACGGCGCCUUCUCCGCCUUUCCCUCCACCCUGCUCCCACGCGUGGAACAUAUUUCCACCGGCCACGCCGUUGACGAGGCCCUGCGGAAACGAGCCAAAUACCUCGGCCACCUACCCCGCGGCUGUCUAAUCAGUUUCCUCGAGUGCGACUGGACCGACAUCGUACCGCCCGAGAUCCUAGACACAUUCUCCGACGAAAUCGAACGCCGCCGCAAGCGGAACCGUGAGAAGGCCACACAAGAGGAACGCGAGCGGAUCCAAGCGGAACGGAUCGAGCUCGCAGCGCUCCGCGAAGCACGGCGCGGGUUCGGCGGACUGGUAGACGAGGGCGUCACCGUGCGGUUCAGUGACUCCGCUGCUGCAGGCGGUUCAGAUGAUCCGUCCUCUGUGGUGAACAUGAACGAUUUCGUCCCCCUAGGCGCAACCGAAGGAGGCACCACGCCGCCUAACCCGCGCGUCGGGUUCUCGUCGCUGUCGACGAUGAGCACUAGCCCGUCUGGCAGCGGGCACACCGUCUGGGGUACGCCGCUGGUCGCGGGCGGGGAGCCGGAAGAACCGGUAUCAGGCGCUAGGCGGACACAGGCGGAUGAUGGGUGGUUGAAGGAUGACGCUGUGCUGGAGACGCUUGGGGCGGCGGAUCUGGCGGUGCAGUUGGAGGCGUUGGGGGUGGAGAGUAAUGAGGCAGAGGGGAGUAAGGCUAGAGAGGUAUCGGGACAGGGAGCUGGCGGAGGAGGAGGAGGUGGUGGUGGUGGGAAGAAGAAGAAGAAACAGAAGAUUACGCUCAUGAGCACUGGUGGGCGACGGGGGCUUUAG